AUUUUUCAUAUUAUUAUUUAUGCAAAUAUUUAUAAUAAUAUAUUUUUGAAUAAAUAAUCGUAAACAUAUUAUAAUAAGUUUUUUAAUUAAAAAAUAACUUGAAUUGGUUUCUUCAACCGGAUUGGAUAAGAAUCCACCACGUAACUUGCAAAAAUCCCUAAAAAUACGAAAUGUGCAAAUAAUUCCUAUAUCAUUAAUUCUGGCAAUUAAGAUUCUUAUUUCUAAAUUUUAUUUGUCAAAAUCUAUAAAAACAUAUAAAAAAUUUUUACACAUUUAAAAUUUAAUUUUAUUAUAUUAUAAAAGCAACAAUACAAGUUUCAUUAUUUUAUUUAUUUUUUAUACAUAAUAAACAAACAUAAUAAUUAUUUUAGUUAAAUUUCCUAUAUUAUAAGUUGUAAUAUAAUUACAAUCGAAUAAUGUAUAGAGAUUUUAAUUUUUAGUUGUAGAUACCAACAUAAGAUACCAACAUAAAUAUAUUAACUGCAAUCGUUUCACACCAAUUAUUGUUGAUUCAUUUUAUUAUAAAUUUAUUAUUAUGUUUGAAAUUAUUUUUUUUAUUAUUAAUAAUAUAUUUUUUUUAUUAUAAUAAAUCAUUUUUAAAAAUAAUUCCAAACGUUAAUUCUUUUAUUAUUUAAUUAUAAUUUUAAAAACAUAGAAGUUAUUUAUGAAACAUAAAUGCUCAUGAACAUAUAGCUUUAAGAUGAUAAGAAUUUGCUAUAAUCUGUGGCUCUAUUGCUUGCCGAUUAGAUUUUACUGAUUGCAUAGUGAAAACACGCGUCUCCCGAAGCGCCACCUUGCUCAUUUCCGAUGUUCUUUUCGGAAUGGCUGAAACGUUGCUUUCGUGCUGAGAAAACGUGACUACAGAGAACAUUGUGUGGCGAUCGUGAUUAAGAGAACGAGUGUUAUACAUUAUAUUGCAUUGUAUAUUGACGUACAUUAAGGCUGUCGCGCAACGGCAUGCAGCUGUCGAAGUAAAUCGACCGGAGUAACACGGAUACAGAAUUUUUCGCAGUACACGGGUAUCUGGGUGCCGGCACAUAUCAAUAUACGCGAGUACGAAGGAUUGGUUAUUGAAAAAAUGGCGGCGGAAUGCAAGAAUCGAAUGAUGGUUUUUAAGAACAAAGGCAAAGAUCAAGAAGAAAUGAGAAGAAGAAGAAAUGAAGCAACAGUAGAACUACGGAAAAACAAACGUGAUGAGACUUUACAGAAAAGAAGAAAUGUGCCUGCUACAGAUUUAAUAGAUGAAGAAGAUAGUGAUAAACAAAAUCUUGAUUUAUCAAAAAUCAAUUUAAAAGAACUAGUAAUGAAAGCUGCUAGUUCAGACCCAACUGUUCAAUUGCAAGCGGUACAAUCAGCAAGAAAGUUAUUAUCUUCAGAUCGUAAUCCACCGAUCGAUAAGUUAAUUGAUAGUGGCAUUUUACCGAUCUUAGUUAAUUGUCUUGAACAGCACAAUAGUCCAUCAUUACAAUUUGAAGCAGCAUGGGCUUUAACAAAUAUUGCAAGUGGAACAUCACCUCAAACACAAGCAGUUGUUGCAGCUGGUGCAGUUCCACAUUUUUUGCAUUUGUUACUUUCAAGUCAACAGAAUGUUUGUGAACAAGCUGUAUGGGCUUUAGGAAAUAUUAUUGGAGAUGGCCCAGCAUCUAGGGAUUAUGUUAUCAAGCUUGGCGUUGUACCGCCAUUGUUAACGUUUAUCAAACCAGAAAUACCAAUUAGUUUUUUACGUAAUGUAACUUGGGUAAUCGUAAAUUUAUGUAGGAAUAAAGAUCCACCACCACCUGUUCAAACUAUUAAAGAAAUUUUACCUGCUCUUAAUGUACUUAUUCAUCAUUCAGAUAUUAAUAUUCUUGUCGACACAAUUUGGGCAUUGAGUUAUUUGACUGAUGGUGGUAAUGAACAAAUUCAGAUGGUUAUAGACAGUGGUGUAGUACCUCGUCUCAUACCACUUCUUUCGCACAAAGAAGUUAAGGUGCAAACAGCUGCUUUAAGGGCAGUAGGUAAUAUAGUAACAGGUACAGACGAACAAACACAAACUGUAUUAAAUUGUGAUGCGCUUUCAUAUUUCCCGAAUUUAUUAACCCAUACGAGGGAAAAAAUUUGUAAAGAAGCAGUUUGGUUCCUUUCAAAUGUAACUGCUGGCAAUCAAUCUCAGGUUCAAGCAGUUAUAGAUGCUGGAUUAUUGCCUCUUAUUAUUCACAAUUUAAUUAAUGGUGAAUUCCAAACACAAAAAGAAGCAGCAUGGGCAAUUAGCAAUUUAACAAUAAGUGGUAAUGAAGAACAGGUUGCACGAAUGAUACAAGAAGGUGUUAUUGGACCAUUCUGUAACCUUCUCGACUGUAAAGAUACUCAAGUUGUACAGGUUGUUUUAGAUGGUAUACAUAAUAUGCUUAAACUUGCUGGAUCACAAGUUGAACAUUUGGCUAAUAUGAUUGAAGAAUGUUCAGGAUUGGAUAAAAUCGAAACAUUGCAAAAUCACGACAACAUAGAUAUUUAUAAACUAGCAUACGAAAUUAUUGAGCAAUACUUUUCGGAAGACACGAAUGACACAAAUCUGGAACCACAAGUUGUGGAAUCAACAUUUGAAUUCGAUCAGACGACGAGCAUUUCGAAUGAAGGUUUUAAAUUCUGAGAGGGCCUCCAUUAUUUUUUAUCUGAUCGUGCCGUCCCCCGAAAAUCUCCAUUACGGAGCCAUUCUGCUUACCCUUUUAUAUUCUGUCUCAUUCUUUCUUCAACGACUACAUGUGGCAAUUUCAACGUGACAUUGUUGAAUCAACAAUUGUAUUUGGUUUUACUAAUUCAAAAACAUAAAAUUAUGACUUACAUUUUUGGUUUGUCCAAAAAGUGAGAAAUUAGAAAAAAAACGAGGCUAAAGUUACAGAGCAAAGGAGUUUCUUAUUGAAAUAAGAAUUUGUAUUCUUUCCUUUUUUUUAUUCUUGAACGAUGUGUACUUUACCUUGUUUCCUUUUCCGUUGCACAUAUUAAAAUGCUUAGUGGAGCGGAACCGAAUGCAGCUAUUGAUAUGCAUUACACCGACUAAAUUAUUCUAGUAAAUUAAUGAAUUUGCUCUCUAAAUUGAAGAGCAGAAAAAAAAAGAAAAACUUUUUUAUUGUUUGAUCGUGCUGCUCUCCACUCUAACUUGAGAUGAAUCUUGGUUAGUGAUGUUACAUUUAUAAAAUAAUUCGUGUAUAUUUUAGGCAUGUUAAAUUUAUAAUAAUAUUGAUUACUAAAUAAAUAAAUCAAUUGACUACUCUUUAUUAGCUUAA